AUGACCGAGACGCCCGUCGCAACCCUCGCAACGUCUCCAUGGAGAAGCCUCCCUUUCGAGACAGCAAGGGAGCUGACUCUGGGUCCACUCCCCUCUGCCUCUGCUGCCGCCGGCCCGGACACAAGUUCUCUCAAUGCACGGAAACGUCGACAGCGCAAGGCAUCGAAACACUCUCGCGAUACCUCAACAACAAGCUUGUCCUGCGAUCCAAUUCCUCCCCCCUCUGCAUCACCUUCCAGCUCAACUCUCCCAAAUGUGUUUGCAAACAGCACCAUCCCGAGCAACAUAUCUGUUCAUUCUGCGGCUCCUCCGAGCAUGGAGCCUGCGCGAGAAAAUGCACAUAAUGAGGGCGACGUGACCCUCCUUCUUGGCGCGUGGCUACGUCUUCUUGAUGAUUUCGUGGAGUGGUAUCCCCCUCCAAAUAUCUCCACUCCCGAUGAGCUGCAUGUGUACCUGGAUGGCCUGCAAAUUGAGCCCUCUCCUUUCGAUCAAGAUCCUGACUUCUCACUUGUUCUCACUCCUUACUCCACGCCCGACUUCCAGCGCUAUCUUGACAACGCCGGCCUCCUUGCACGAUAUCCUGAACUCUGCUUCAAAAUCACACACAGCUUCCCACUUGGCGAUCUCGCACCAAUCCUUGAGUCUUUCACUCCCAACAACCUGCCGAGUGCAAACGAUCAUAUGGAGGUCAUUCGUGAAUACAUUUCGGAAGAACUCGCUCUCGGCCGCUUCACCGGUCCCUUCACGCGCGCGCAGCUCGAAACAAAGAUCGGACCCUUUCGAUCAUCUCCUCUCCAAGUCGCGACCAAAAUCUCCUCCGCACUGCUCGGCACACAAGCGGUGACAUUAGACAUCGCGGGCGCAUAUCAUAUGGUUCCGGUGAAGCCGGACCACAAACGAUUUCUCGUCGUAUUUUUUCUCAGUUUCUUCUACAUGGAUCAUAAUGUACCAUUUGGUCUCGCGUCGGCAUCAGGUCUCCAAGGCGAGAUCGCUGAUGCCACGGUGGAUGUCUGGGAGUCCCUCGCAGUAUCCCCCAUCGUCAAAUGGGUGGAUGACUUCACACUUUUUCGAUUUCCAUGUGAAAUUGGGCCCUUCGUGGAAGACGGCUUUCGCUACCGCUACGAUCUCACUUAUGCGAAAGAACUGAUCGCACCCUUAUGUAUUCCUUGGCACUCUACGAAAGACCAAGAAUUUGCAAACUCUUUCGAUUAUGUCGGAUUCCACUGGGACAUUGCGCAGCGCACCGUCUCCCUCUCCGAGCGCAAACGAUUAAAAUACUCUGCUCACCUACUCCUCUUUCUCCAGACAUACGAGAACUCUCAAGUACCGAAGAAGGAAGCAGAACGCAUCAUCGGGAAACUCUCCCACAUCACCUUUGUACACUCACGCGGUCGCUUAUACAUGAGCAAUCUAUACGCCUGGCUCCGCACCUUCCACACGGACUUCAUCCCAUGCUACAUGCGAUCCUCCAUCAUCUCAGAUCUCAAGUGGUGGUUAACUGAGCUCUCCAUCCCCUUUGCACCGCGCUCACUCACCCCUCACGGCCCCACUCGAGACUACGGUAUUUGGGUCGAUGCGUCCACCAGCAUGGGCAUAGGCAUCAUAUGGAAUGGCCACUGGGCUGCUUGGCGCGCUGUCGAUGGCUGGAAAGUACCCGGUCGGGACAUUGGUUGGCUCGAGGGCGUCGCAGCCGAAAUUGCCAUUCUCAUCGCAUAUGAACUAGGUAUUCGGGAUGCAGGCAUCCUGAUUCGGAGUGACAAUGAGGGCGUCAUUGGUGCCUUCGAGAAGGGUCGUUCCAACAAUGCGGAGACGAACCUCUGCAUUCGUCGUUCUGAAGAAGUCUUCCGUGUCACUGGCCUAUCAGCAUCUCUCAUAUAUCCCCCCUCUUCUCCCAUGAAUGAUUCCUCUCCCAUCGCCCACCUCCUGCAAGAUGUUGACAUCGACGCGGAGGCAGCUGCCUUUUUCUCACAGGUCAAUAGUGAUGUCCGGCAUGUUGCCACUCUCCCACCAUCCGGGGGACACGUACGCAUUCCCCGUCGUCCAUCCUCUCUGAACUGUAUCGCCCCCUCCUCGCAUCGCCCUCUCGUUCUCGCCAGUGAUCGGGUCCUACUCUGGACCACCCCUCAUUCACACUCCUUCCAACGAUCUCUCGAUAGCCUCCUCCCCUCCACUGCAGUGCUCAAACUCUUCCAAGUCAUGUUAUGCUCACUUGACGAAUCUACACACGGAGCGGGUCUCCUACGCUUCACUCAGUACUGUGACCAACAUCGCAUUCCAGAACUUCAGCGCAUGCCGGCCUCCGAAUCGCUCCUUUCCACAUUCGCAGCAUCUGCCGCCGGUGCGAUCUCAGACAACACCCUCUCCAACUGGCUUGCGGGUCUUCACUUCUGGCACACCAUCAACGGUGCGGUAUGGCACGGACAUGACAUGCUGCGUCACGUUCGACGUGGCAUCGCGAAAUUGGUUCCACCCGACUCGAAGCGGGCCAAGCAUCCUCCGGUCACCAUUGAAGCGAUGGUGAUCCUCAAAGAUGGCCUUGACCUCUCAAACGUGUUCGACGCGGCUGUCUGGGCCCUCGUGAGCAUCGCCUUCUGGUGCUGUUGUCGUUUAGGGGAAUUGGUCAUUCCGAGCACCAAUCUCUUUGAUCCACUCAAACAUGUCUCGCGCUCCGUGCUCCCCAUCGCAUUCGAUCGUCUGGCCAAUGGAGCUGAGUUCGCCACCUUUCACAUCCCGUGGACCAAGACGACGUUGCAGGAGGGCGCCGACAUCUCGAUCACAGCGCGCAUUCACUCUACAUGCCCACUCGUGGCGCUUCGCCAUCACCUCUCUUGCAACAUCGACAUCCCCACCUCCGCUCCCCUCUUCGCAUUCGAGACUGCGGCCGGUGGCUGGUCUCCCAUGACCAAGCACUGGUUCAUGCAGUGCUGCAAUACCAUCUGGGUUUCCGCCGGUUUUCCAGACAUGCCGGGCCAUGCCUUCCGUAUCGGGGGCGCCACGGAACUACUCCUGCAGGGUGUCAACCCGGACGUGGUCGCGACACAAGGCCGCUGGAAAUCACAGGCGUUCCUGGAGUAUUGGCGUCGCAUCGAAUCGAUCCUCCCUCUUUUCAUUUCCAAUGCAUCACACUCUUCUCGCGCACUACACAUUGGCUCCGCCAUGGACUCAUUCUCUCGUCGUCACCGUCUCGUUUCGUGUGCUCCUACCUAA